GUCCAUCUCCACUAUCGACAUCUCCAUCACUUGCAGACAAUGGCAGACGGUCUUUCGUCUGGGGUAGCUCAGGCACCGUUCCCCAAAUCCCGGGGUGUCACUGCAUGCCAGAAAUGCCGCACCCGAAAAACCAGAUGCGACAAUCGGCGGCCAACGUGCGGCUUCUGCCUCAAGCGCCGUUUGACCUGCGUCUAUCCAGCAGAUGAGGAUCCAAGCUCGGUUACGGGAGCGGAAAUCCUACAGGCUAUUCACCACUUGACCAAAAUAGUCGAGAACCAGCACUCCCCGCAGCAAUCGCCUGCACAGACAGUCGAAUCUUUGUCAUCGUCGGUGCGUCAGCCGACUCUUGACAAUUGGGCUGUACCGCAGAAUGUCACAAUACGACCACAGGGUGUCGAGUCGAUACUUAGCUGGAAGAUAUUCGCCGCAGAUCGGCCAGCUUCUUGCUUAUUCGCCCAGAGCACUCCCCCAAGCCUGGGCAAUUACCCUGUUCCAGACACAAGCUAUCCUCAGCUCGCGUGGCUCGAGGCCCAGUAUAUUGAAGCUCUCCACACCAAGAAUCCCAUCAUAGAUCUUGAUGAACUGCAUCAUAUGAUGAUACACGUCGCUGAGCAUGGGUUCGACUGGUCUACUGGUGCCUGUCUCGUGGCUUUGGUAUGUGCCAAUGCGGCCAUAACAGACUCUCAUACCGAGAUGUCCAGCAGUCCUGAGGUAACGGCUGAAAAGAAGGCCGAGAUAGAACUAUCAAUGCAGUUUUGGAGCGUGGCUGUAAAGCGACUUGGCUAUGCAUCGGCUCAGAACACCGUGCAGGCUGUUCAAUGCUUAUGCCUGGCGGGGAUAUGGUACAUGCACCGUCUAGAGCCCCUCGAAGCCUGGAAGCACUUCAAUCUAGCCGGUGCAGCCUGGCAUACCCUCAGCUUAACACACGGGGAACUGUCUGGUCAUACUGAAGACCAAGGAUGCUCCAACGAGUUCACCCUCAUGCAAGCUCUGUGCUUCACCAUCUGGAAGUCUGAAUGUGAGCUAAGACUAGAACUCCCACUGCCGACUCCACCGAUCCUCGACAACGCCUAUCUGCCCCUCGCGUUUCCCCAACCUCCAGAUUUCGGCUCACAUCCUGACGCGAGCGAUAAGGAGCGGAGUUGGUAUUACUACCUUAGCGAGAUUGCCGCACGACACGUGAUAAAUCGACUUGUGCAGAUGAACUCGGAAGCGCCCGAGUUUCCAAACGAGAAGCACGUGCACCGGAUGAUUUCUCAGGCUGAAUUGAUGCAGUCACAGAUAUCAGACUGGUACUCAUCACUCCCGCCGAUCUUCCACUUCGACACUCCUCAAGGGUACACGGCGGACGCUGUUGCCGAUCCCAUGGUCUUUAUUCUGCGGCAUAGAUACAUAUCCCUCUGCGAGUUAGUUUCACGACCUUUCGUCAGACUCUGCGUGGACCAGUUGGCGGACGAGAUGGAUGCUUCGCUACAUGGCAUAAUCACCUCGUACGCAUCGCAAUGUGUACGGUUCUGCAUCUUAAAACUUGAUCAAGUCGCGGGGCAUCGACAUCAGGGGACUUGGUACGGCAUUCGAGUGGCGACAAGCGCUGCGCUGAUCUUGGCAGCAGUUGACAGGGCACAGCGCCACGCAAAAGAGGAUGAGGCUUUUCGCCUUGUGCAGAGUGUGACGCUGCCUGAGACUUGGAAGGAUGCGGUUGCGCGGGGUGCAGCGUCGGUACAACGGUAUCUUGAUGAGCCGAAUGGGGGAUGUUCUAACUUAAAGGGGCUGUUAGAAGGGGUAGUGUUAGGGUCGUUUCUCGGGUAAUUGUCUGCACCGUAAGUGUAAUUUUGUUCAAGAGCUGCCAGACCUUGGCUGGCCGGGGAGUCUCCCCGACAUUUCCCCACACAGUCACUGGCUCCAUCGGGGUCACCCCGAAGUCUUGCAUGAGUCUCUGUCAUGAUGUUUAUCCUCCACACA